AUGCUUCUUCACAAUGAAAUAACCUUCUUUCUGGGUUCAUUAUUUACAUUAGUUUCAUCUCCUUUUACCCUGUAUUCAUUUACUUACACUAGUUUUCUAUUUGGUAUUAUUUCUUUAUCUUUUUUUCUUUUUCAUCAGGUUUUCUGUGUUUCUUCCUUUGUUUCUUUCCUAGUUUCUUUGUCGCUUGCUUUGUUUCUUUCCUUGUUUCUUUGUCUCUUGCUUUGUUUCUUUCCUUGUUUCUUUGUCGCUUGCUUUGUUUCUUUCCUUGUUUCUUUGUCUCUUGCUUUGUUUCUUUCCUUGUUUCUUUGUCGCUUGCUUUGUUUCUUUCCUAGUUUCUUUGUCUCUUGCUUUGUUUCUUUCCUUGAUUCUUUGUCUCUUGCUUUGUUUCUUUCGUUGUUUCUUUGUCUCUUGCUUUGUUUCUUUCCUUGUUUCUUUGUAUCUUGCUUUGUUUCUUUCCUUGUUUCUUUGUCUCUUGCUUUGUUUCUUUCCUUGUUUCUUUGUCUCUUGCUUUGUUUCUUUCCUUGUUUCUUUGUCUCUUGCUUUGUUUCUUUCCUUGUUUCUUUGUCUCUUGCUUUGUUUCUUUCCUUGUUUCUUUGUCGCUUGCUUUGUUUCUUUACUUGUUUCGUAUUUUCUUCCCUUGUUUCUUUCAUUGUUAAUUUGUUACUUUGUUAG